AUGUACAAAUACCAUCAUGUUUCGAAGAAUGUGGCUCCCAAACGUCAGGCUCUGCAUGCCUCCGAGCUGGAGCUCGAAGAGACGGAGAAAAUAUUGCAGGAAGCCCGAAAUCGCCUGGUGGCUUGCGAAGAGCGUAUUGCCAGUCUACAAAGCAAAUACGAUGAAUGUAUUCGCCGUCAGCGUGAGUUGGAGGAAAAGAGUCAGUUGUGCGAAGCCCGACUGGUUCGUGCGGACAAGUUAAUUGGGGGACUAGGCAGUGAAAAACUGCGAUGGCAAGAAGCGGUGGUCAAGUUUGAUCAUUUACUGCAAAAUCUUGUGGGAAAUGCGUUGUGCUCAGCCGGUACUGUGGCUUACCUCGGACCGUUCCCCGGCAAAUAUCGCGUACAAAUGUCUCGUGAAUGGGUUUCAAUGCUGCAAGGCAACGGGGUACCACAUACAACCGACCCAGCUCCAAACUAG